CGCCAGAGGCCUUCCCCGGCUGGCAGGGAAGUCCGGCGGCGCUGGUAGGAGGUAGAGGCCAACCUCGCCGUUUGUGGUCCUCGCGGCAGGCUGGAGGCGAGCGUACUCUCGAAAGCCUACGGCUCCUGCGACCCCUCUUACCAGCUCCAUGGCAGUCCCAGGUUGCAACAAGGACAGUGUCCGAGCAGGCUGUAAAAAAUGUGGCUAUCCUGGUCAUCUGACAUUUGAAUGCCGCAAUUUUCUCCGAGUAGACCCCAAAAGGGACAUAGUUUUGGAUGUGAGCAGCACAAGUAGUGAAGAGAGUGAUGAGGAGAAUGAAGAACUGAAUAAAUUGCAGGCAUUACAAGAGAAAAGAGUAAAUGAAGAAGAGGAGAAGAAAAAAGCAAAAAGCAAAGAGAAAAUCAAGUUGAAAAAAAAAAGAAAAAGGUCUUAUUCAUCCAGUUCCACUGAAGAGGACACUUCUAAACAAAAGAAACAAAAAUACCAGAAGAAAGAAAAGAAAAAAGAAAAAAAGAAUAAGUCAAAAAGGGGGAAACACCACAAAAAGGAAAAAAAGAAGAGAAAAAAGGAAAAGCAUUCUUCCACCCCUAAUCAUUCUGAGAUCUCCAAAAAGUAACUGAAUCUUCGGCCUAAGCCAUUAAAUUUUAAAAUUUGGUUUUGGAAAUUAUUUCAUCUUCCUUGGAAUUUGCUAUAUAAUCAUGCUUUGCAAUAAAUCACAGCCUUUUCCAUUUGGACAUUUUUUUCAUAUAUGGGACCUUUGUCUUCUGGCAAUACAUUUUUAAUGUGCUUACUGUAAAGUAUUGAAUCAGUCUUAUUACUUGAUAGCCAUGCCCCAAGUAUGGAUAUUUAUACAUACAAAACACUUCAUUUUUGGUAUUCAUGACUGUGUCUGACUAGUGUUAUUAUUUUAUAAGCUGAUUGUAAAUGGCUUUACUACAGUCAACAUAGGUAAUCUACAUAGUAGUUAAUGAGUAUUGCUGAAUCAGGUGUCCACCUUCCAGUGAUAAAAUGAGGUAGGGGAUAAUGCUUUGCUCUUGACUGAAAAAUUUAAUAGGUUUAUUUCCUAUGGUAAUGUAUAAAGAUAGUGAAAUUUUUCACUGUCAUUUUUAAAUCUCAAAACUUUUUUGGAUGUCAUAGGAAAUGAAGCUGCUUCAUUGGUCUUAACUAGGACAUGUCAAGCGAAUGGUGUUGGCAGGAAGAUAAUGAAAAUACUUAUAAGGAAGUUUUACUAUUAACACGAAAUGCAGAGUGUCUAGUACCUGCCUCCUCUCUUAUUGUAACAAUUAAAAUCCUCUUCCUCUUUUACAAAGACAAGCAUAGUUCAGCCUCUCAGAAUCUUGCAGAGAUGAUCCCGUGUUGGGUAGAAUAUUUAGGACAGACGCCUGGGUGGUUUUUCAAAUGUGCCAUAUUGGCAUCUCUUAAAGUGAUACCUCAAACACAGAACUUUUUACUUAGGAGAAUGACAGCUAAAUCAUUAAUAGAACUGAUUUUUAUUGUAUUCUGUAUGUAAAUUUUAUGAAGCUUGUUUCUAUGAGUAAUGUGGAAAUUUUUUAUAAAUGUGAACAUAUAUAUUUAUUUGUCUAAAAUAAUUUGUAGUUUUGAAGCAGGUUUCACACUGAAUUUAUGGUUUCAAAAAUGACCAGUUUGGGGUGUUUCUUUCUUUUACUUCAGUCUUAGACCUAAAGAGCAGUGACAAAAAUUUAGGAUUAGGAAUUUUAUUCUGUACUUUUUAAAAUAUAAGAGCCAGGGAGUUGCAUCAUGAAAGCCUUUAUAUAACAAUGGAAAUUUUAUAUGGGUAAGCAUUUUCAAACAUAUAUCAGUAACUGUAAAUGUUUCUUACAUUUUUAAUUUCACAAUGAUCGGUAUUACUUACUGUGCUUGGCAUUUGAAUAUCCUUUAUGCCCAAUGAGUUAAGCACUCAGCAGCAUCAAACAUCAGUCACUUACCAUGGCACAGCACCAAAGAUUGCGUGUACCUCACUGUGGUGUGGUUAUAAAUUUUCAAAUUCCUAUUCUACAGACAUGGCUUCAAGCGAAUUCAUGUGAAAUCAGGUAAGUACAUGUAACCUCACAAACUGGAAACAUAUACUGAUUCUUCAUUCAGCUCCCCUUGCUAGCAUGACCUCACUCACACGGGGGGAGCUCAUAGCUUCUCUUAAUAUCUGCUUCCCAUGUUCAGAUCUAGGGAAGCUACACCCACAUCCCUCUUCUAGCUUUAUAGCUGAGGAAGCUUUCACACUUGUAGCUUUUCCAUCACAUAAUUUCAUCACGUGGCCUCUUCAGAAAGAAAACUCUUUUGUUUAAAUAGUUUAAUCAAAUGUUGGAAGAGAAACACAGAGUUUUUAGGUUUUUAAGGGUUUGUUUGGCCUUUGCUGCAUUUUUUGUAUUUUUUAACUGUAU